GGUUGUGCAGGGAAGGAGCCUAUCCCAGCAUGCACUGGACAGAAGACAGGACUAACACAGAUAGACAGUCACUCACAUGGGCAAAUCAGGCACUUCCAUCCACAUGGAGAGAAACCAGAUCCACCUGGAGGAAAGCAGCUGUCGGGCAGAUGGAGGCUAACCGGCAGAGUGCUUUCGUCCUGGGCAGCACCCCGCUGGCGGCGUUGCACAACAUGACCGAGAUGAAGACGUCCCUGUUCCCGUACACGCUGCAGCAGAGCCCGACGGGCUUCAAGGCGCCUCCGCUCUCCAACCUCAACUCUCAGCUCUCCCUUGGGACUCCGCACGGAAUAAGCGACAUCUUGGGGAGACCCAUCACCACGGCUGGGCAGCUGCUCUCCGGCUUUCCCAGGAUAAACGGCCUGGCCACCACCGCCGCCGCCGCCGCAGCGGGGAUGUACUUCAGCCCGGCGGUGUCACGGUACCCCAAACCCCUGACGGAGCUGCCGGGGAGGGCGCCCAUCUUCUGGCCCGGGGUGAUGCAGGGAUCCCCCUGGAGGGACCCGCGGGUUCCCUGUCCCACUCAGGCGAACAUCAUGCUGGACAAGGACGGCAAGAAGAAGCACUCCAGGCCGACGUUUUCAGGCCAGCAGAUUUUUGCACUGGAGAAAACUUUCGAGCAGACCAAAUACCUGGCCGGCCCGGAGAGAGCCCGCCUGGCCUACUCGUUAGGAAUGACCGAGAGUCAAGUCAAGGUCUGGUUUCAGAACAGGCGGACCAAAUGGCGGAAGAGGCACGCAGCAGAAAUGGCCACGGCCAAGAAGAAGCACGACUCGGAGACGGAGAAGAUGAAGGAGAGCUCGGAUAACGAGGACGACGACGAGUACAACAAACCGCUGGACCCAAAUUCAGACGACGAGAAAAUUACGAGACUGCUCAAAAAGCACAAGGCCACCAACCUCGCCCUGAUCAGCCCCUGCAGUAACAGCUCGGACACGUUGUGAUGCCCAGAGUAACAGGGGGGGCAACAAGUGUCCAGCAGAGACUUGGCGCACUCUUUUUCGGCCUCCUUUUCACCUGACAUUACUAACAUGCGUCCCGAGUGACCGGAUGGGCUUCAGAUUUAGGAAAGUGAACGCGUAAAACAGGUACCACGGCGCCCAGAGAGGCACUGAAGAGCCAAAACACCAAAAACGUGGCCAGAGAGAGAGACGCAUUUGGCCACAUUCAGCGCGUCUCCAGCCCACAAACACAAACAUAAACGGAAGUAAAACCCCUGGCAAAAAAAAAAAAAAAUGGACUGGCGGGAUGACGGACAAAUUAAUGCUUAUUUAGUGGACACUGUUUUUGGCAAGGGGAAGAGAAAUCGUUUUUUUCCCCCCUUUUUUUUGCACAAUUGGAAACGCAUUUUAACAUCAGGUGUAAAUGCAAACAUUCAACAUAACAUAGGCUAUACUGUAUGUGCACACACACACUCCGGAUUAGUGUUGAGAGAAAAAAAAAAAACAUUAUUGGUAAUCCAUUCCAAAGGUGAUAUUACUUUAUCCCACUCCCUGGAGGGAAGAAUUUGUUACUUCAAUUUGAUUUUUUUAUUUUAGGGAGCGAAAAACACAAGUAAACACUUAUUCUCUGUGUUUGGGACAAGUGGGACUGGUGCUUGUGUGUAACGGGACUGCUGAAACUGAAAUAGUAAUUAGCCUAGUUAAGCGGCCAUGAGCAGGCAACACUAGUCCGGAUCAGAGACGCAUGUUUGAAGUUGCAGGUGUAAACGGGGCCUGUGACGCUUCUGAAGCUCAGUCUAACCAGGGUAUCCACUGUCCGAAAAGGCGAGAGCCGGGCGGCUGCAGGCCCGGCAGGAGUGAAGGAUUCGUGCUGUAGCCUAAAGAGAAAAAUGUAACUGAGAUUGUAUAUAUUUUUUACUGAGUAAGUUAUGUUGUUCAAGUGGAAACGAGACGUGGCAGCCUCUUCCCGCAGCCCUGACGCGCUUACCCCCCUUCCUCCUCCUCCUCCUCCUCCUCCUCCAGUAAACAUGCUGCUUCAUUUUGAUCCCUGCAGAAUAAUGUCGCCCAUUUCUCCACGUUUCACUGUUCCUUCAUUCAGUACCGGCACACAAAUGUAUAGAUGCAAAAUGUUGUAUAUAAUUACUGUAAAAAAAGAAAACAAAAGGAAAAAAAAUCCAGCUUGUUUUAACACCCAACCCACAUUUAUUUUCUUUGAUUUCAUCUGAAGGACUUUAUGUUUUACCUCAUCCAACUGCGAAAUAGAAAACUGGACCAUCGUUUAUGUUGAAAAAAAAAAAAAAAAGAGUAUUAUUGCUUCCGCCAAG